CCGCGCGGCUGGAGUCAAGAUGGAGGAAUAUGCCAGAGAGCCUUGCCCCUGGCGAAUUGUGGAUGACUGUGGUGGGGCCUUUACGAUGGGUACCAUAGGUGGUGGUGUCUUUCAAGCAAUCAAAGGUUUUCAAAAUUCUCCAGUGGGAGUAAACCACAGACUACGAGGGAGUUUGACAGCAAUUAGAACCAGGGCUUCACAAUUGGGAGGUAGUUUUGUGGUUUGGGGAGGCCUGUUCUCUAUGAUUGACUGUAGUAUGGUUCAAGUCAGAGGAAAAGAAGAUCCCUGGAACUCCAUCACUAAUGGUGCCUUAACAGGAGCUAUACUGGCAGCAAGAAAUGGUCCAGUGGCCAUGGUUGGGUCAGCUGCAAUGGGUGGCAUUCUCCUAGCUUUAAUUGAAGGAGCUGGCAUCUUGUUGACAAGAUUUGCCUCUACACAGUUUCCCCAUGGUCCUCCCUUUGCUGAAGACCCCUCCCAGUUGCCUUCCAUUCAGUUACCAUCCUCACCUUUUGGAUACUAUCGACAAUAA